AUGGCACUACCAUCCUCGUGUAGUGUCCUGGUAGUCGGCAGCGGCAACGCCGGGUUCACGGCGGCCGUGGCGGCGAAACAGGCGGGUGCCGAAGAAGUGGUUCUCAUCGACAAGUGUCCGGAGGACUGGGCCGGAGGAAACAGCUACUUCACGGCCGGGGCGUAUCGCACAGUUCACGGCGGGGAGGAGGACCUGCUACCGCUAGUGAACAACGUGGACGAAGCCACCGCCAAACGAAUCGACAUGGAACCCUACACGAAGCAAGACUUUGCCAACGACAUGCACCGGGUAUGCGGAGGGCGAGCGGACCCGAGACUCGCUAAAGUGCUGAUCGACGAUUCCAACUCGACGAUCAAAUGGCUGAAAGACCAGGGGAUCCGAUUCCAGCUGUCGUUCAACAGGCAGGCGUACGAGGUAGAUGGACGACUUAAGUUCUGGGGAGGAGUGGCACUCAAAACGCAGGAUGGCGGCAAAGGGCUGAUCGCCGACCACCAGGCCAACGCUGGUCGACACGGCGUGGCUGUAUUCUACUCGACGGCGCUGGAACGAUUACUCACAAACAGUGAUACUGGCGCCGUGGAAGGUGUUGUUGUUCGCAGUGGCAGCAACCAAACAGAGACAACAAUCCGGGCGGGCGCCGUAAUCCUGGCCGCCGGCGGGUUCGAGUCCAAUCCACGCAUGCGGGCGCAGAUGCUCGGACCGGGGUGGGAUCUCGCCAAAGUGCGCGGCACGCCAUACAAUACCGGCGAAGUUCUAGAAAUGACAAUCCGCGACGUGCACGCCAGUGCCGUGGGCCACUGGUCCGGAUGCCACUCAGUGGCAUGGGACGCCGACGCGCCCUCCCAUUCAGGCGACCGCGAGGCUUCCAACGAGUUCACCAAAUCAGGAUACCCGCUGGGUCUGAUGGUGAACACCCAGGGGCACCGGUUCGUCGACGAAGGCGUCGACCUGCGCAACUACACGUAUGCGAAAUUCGGCCGUGCCAUCCUCAUGCAGCCGCAACAGCGCGCCUUUCAAAUCUGGGAUCAGCGUACCAUCCCCUGGCUGCGCGCCGAGGAGUAUCGCCCUGAACGGGUAAGACAGAUCAUGGCCGAUUCCAUCCCCGAGCUGGCGGACAAAUUGUGCAACGAAGUCGAGUUCGGUCUUGACCCUAGUUCUCGCCAGACCUUUAUCGAUACCAUUGCUCGGUAUAAUAGGGCCGUGGGGGCGUUUCAGGCAGAAAACCCAGGCAAGAAAUGGGACCCGUCUGUUCGUGAUGGAAAUUCCACGCAGUCGAGUCAGGGCCAGUUGGAAUUGCCAAAGUCGAACUGGGCCCUUCCGCUCGAUCAACCUCCCUUCAUGGCUGUACUGGUUACGUGCGGCAUUACUUUUACUUUUGGCGGUCUUGCUGUCAACCCGGACACGGCGCAGGUGUUGUCUGCUAUCACUGACAAGGAGAUCCCCGGCCUCUUUUGCUGUGGUGAGAUGCUCGGUGGUUUGUUCUAUGAAAAUUAUCCUGGUGGCAGCGGCUUGACGUCCGGUGCUGUCUUUGGUCGCAGGGCUGGUGCCGCAGCGGCGAGGGCGGCUGCCAAAGUGUCCUGA